CGACAUGGGCGACAGCUUUGCAACGCAGGUGAAGACUCGUUCGUGACUGAAUAACUAAACCAGGAAGAAGACGUGAAGGAGCGUUAACUGUUCGGACGCUGGCAAAGGAACCUCCGCGAUUGUCUGGAUGGAAUUUGGCGUCGCGCGUCUGUGAAGGAAUGUGGAUUUAACUUCCACCUUUAUCACAUCCAACUCUCAGGUCAAGUGACAUAUUUCAGGAUUUUCCCGGCAAUAAUGCAUGUCAUUCUGGACACGAAAAAGUGUAUAUUUCAUGAUGCAAUCGUGAACGGUAUGUGAUCAAUUGUCUUCCGCUUUAAUCUGGAUGUGGACAGUCUUUUGUAACUACAACAACGCUACACAGACAAACAUUGACAAAGCAGAAACAGACUGUCACGGCUACUUCCUUUGCUAUUGUGGUGAAGGUUUAGCAUCAUCAUCAUCAUCAUCAUCAUCAUCAUGGCACCUCAUCCAGUGGUCCAGGCCAUCAUAGACCUCUCAGCUGGAGCGAUAGGUGGGACAGCCUGUGUGUUCAGUGGCCAGCCGUUCGACACAGCCAAGGUGAAGAUGCAGACCUUCCCUUCCAUGUACCGAGGCUUCCUCCACUGUUUCAUGGCCACCUACAGACAGAUGGGUCUGAGAGGGCUGUACCAGGGAGCCACCCCAGCCCUCAUAGCCAACAUCGCAGAGAACGCUGUCCUUUUCAUGAGCUAUGGUUUCUGUCAGGACGUGUUGCGGCGAAUCACUGGGAUGGACCGAGCCGUAGAACUCAGUGACCUCCAGAAGGCAUGUUCAGGCUCCCUAGCCUCCAUCUUCUCCUCCCUGGCUCUCUGUCCCACAGAGCUGGUCAAGUGUCGUCUGCAGGCCAUGCAUGAGAUGGAGGCCUCCGGUAAGAUAACCGCAGGGCAGAAGAGUUCGGUGUGGUCCGUGGUUCGGACUGUGUUGAGGACGGACGGUCCUCUUGGGUUCUACCAGGGUUUGACUACAACCAUUGUCAGGGAGGUGCCCGGGUAUUUCUGCUUCUUCGGAGCCUACGAGCUCUGUCGCACGACAUUUGCUCAGCAUCUGAACACCGAAAAGGAUGGCAUAGGCGUUGUCCCUCUGAUGUUCAGUGGUGGGUUUGGGGGAGCGUGCCUGUGGCUGGUGGUCUAUCCCAUAGACUGUGUGAAGUCCAGGAUCCAGGUCCACUCCCUAGCAGGCAGACAGCAAGGCUUCAUCAAUACCUUGAUGGGGAUCAUACGCACUGAAGGAGUGGCUCCUCUCUACUCAGGCCUCACCCCCACCAUGAUCAGAACCUUCCCUGCCAACGGAGCUCUCUUCUUGGCCUAUGAGCUCAGCCGUAAGGCGAUGAUGCAGAAGUUUGGAGACGUCUGAUUGGCUGAUCCCUCUGUUUCCUCCACCAAUGCCUGCACUUUGGUUGGCAUCCCAAAAUGGAACCUUAUGAUUAAACAUUAUCUUUAAAGUCUGAAUGUCACUUUCUUUUGUGUAUAAAAUAUACUGUUUGUUGUUGUUGUUGCUAUUGAAGGAUAAUACCGACAGUUGUUGAGCAGGUCACAGUUAUUUGAGAAUGUAGAGUCAUUGGUGUUCUGUAAAAACUUUAAAUAAAGUCACACAAGUCUAUGUUGAAUGGCUAAUCCUAA